AUGUACGACUGGUUAAUUGAUCAUGGGGAUCAAACAAUUGAUCUGAUGAUCGAUUCAGAUAUUACUGAGUUAAAGAAGAGGUGUCAAGUGUUGAACUCACCAGCCUCGUACAUUACACGAUUAAUCACCAGCAACGUUAACAAGUUCCACAAAGCCCAGGCUGAUAGAAGAAGAAGAAUGAAUCCACCUGCGUAUUUGGAUUCAAGCGAUGAAGAAAUUGAAAAGCUUGUAAAUCUUGAAUCAAGUAACAAUAAUGGUGGACAUAUUAAUGAUGAUAGAAACGUUGAAGGUGCUGAUGCUCGAGAUGCAGGUGUUGGUGGUGUUGUUAUUGAUGAUGCUGGUACACACGAUGCAGAAGAAGCUGAUGGUGAAGAUAUGGAUAUUACAGAUGAGAUCAACCGUCACCUUUAG